AUGAUGGACAGGCACAGUAAGAAGGAGGCCAAAAGUGUUGCUGAACCCAUCACUCCCGUUACACAGUCAAUAGCUGCUUUCCCCAGUACAGCAAAUACUUUCCAUAAUGGGUUUUAUUCCGGUAAUGGCGGUGGUAAUAUUGGAACAAAUGCAACAAGAAGACCAUCUUCCACUACAUGUUCUUCAAGUUCAUCUUUAUAUGAAACUACAUAUGAUCAAUUCCAUGGAAGUCUGAAUCAUGAACAAUUUGAUGCUAAUAGUACCCCUAUGAUUGGUGGUUAUGAUUCAUCUGAUAGUGAUAGUGAUACAGAUAAUGAUUUAGAUUUAGAGAUUGCAAAUACUAGGUUAUCAAAUAGGAAAUCACAAGAAUUAUUUAGACAUGAUUGGGAUGAUUUACAUACAGGUCAAAUGAGUUCACCAACUUAUCAAAAACAAAUUAAUAAAGGACCAAAUUCUGAUUAUUUUUCACCAAAGGAAAAUACACCAAUUUUUAAAAGACUUAUAAGUAAAAAUUCAUUAAAACCUCAAUUAAAAUCUUUCAAGAGAAUAACAGCUGAAUUACAUCAUGAAUCUGUCCCACUUGAGAAUGAAAUUAAUCAUGAAAAAUUAAUAUUAUUAAAUUUACAAGAUGAAGAACAUUUUUUAAAUAAAAAUCGUUUUAAUAAGAAUGAAAAAACUAUUGAUGAUUUUAAUCAUAGUUAUAAAAAAUUUGAUAUUAUUAAAAAAGCUAAUCAAAAUUGGAGUAUGAAAAAGAAUGGGUUCUUGAAAAACUCAUCAUUAUUAAAAGAUGAUGUAUCAAAUACAAGUGAUUCUACAGAAGAUACCAGUAUUGAUACAUCAACUCAUCAUCACAACAACAACAACACACAUAACCCACAUAUAACUAGGAAACGUUCUUUUGAUAAUGAAUCCAUAUCGAAAUCCAAGAGACGUGCAGUUUCUACAUCACCUAUAAAUGCUGGAUUUCUUAAAAGAGGUAAUUUUAAACUGAUUUCAAAUACUUCAAAAGACUUGGAAAACAUGUCUUUGAAAUGA